AUGGCCCGAAUAUUAUUAAAGCAUGGACAAGUUUUUCACCUGUUAUGCUUAUGCUUAGUUUCCGUUGUCUUCUUCCUUUUCGUAUUCUCGGUGAAGGUUUCAGGUGAUGUUGAAUAUCUGAGAGCGGUUCCGGCGGAAGCUAAAACGACGACGGUUUGGUUAUCUACAAUCAAACAGUCUGGUAAUAAUUACUGGGCGAAACUCAAAGAGACUUUGGGUCGUGGUCACUCCCGCUUUUUUCCUCCAAACAUAGAUUUUAGAGGAAAAGAUGAUCCAACGAUGGGAACUGGAGAGAAGGUGAAGGAGGCGGUUACAAGGAGUUUUGAGCAUAGUAAAGAUACGGUGGAGGAAGCUGCCAGAUCAGCGGCGGAGGUAGCGUGUGAUGCGGCGGGAGCGGUGAAAGAAAAGGUGAAGAGGAGCGUUUCCGGCGGAGAAACGACGCAGCAUCAAUCGGAGACUACAUCCUCUCUCCUCCCUUCAUCGAACCUCGUUUCCUCCCGAUCUCAAUCCUCCGAUCGUCGGCCUAGCCACGUCGGCGAUCUCUACGAAAUCGACACCUCCGCCUCUCAGUCGCCGUCGGAUCCUUUAAUCCAGAAGCUCGAAGACGCAGUUCACCGGAUAUUUGUACGCCGAUCUGCUCCUGAUUGGCUCCCGUUUGUUCCGGGUGCUUCUUAUUGGGUCCCUCCUCCUGGAUCUGGAUCUCAAACUCAUGGAAUCGCUCAGCUCGUUGCGAAGCUGGCGAAUCCUUUAACCGACGAAGAAUCUCUCUCCGCCAAUUCUUCUCACGGAUGGCCUUCCUCUGAUUAUUUCCUUAAAGGUGUACAGCCUCGAUUGAUGGAGACUAAGUCCGAGACGACUUUGAAUACUGAGUCUCACUCCGAGGACGAGGAAGGGUAA